CCAAACAGAAUUUAGUUGUUAUUCACUAACAAACAGAAAGUAUUUAUAAAUUUCAAGGCAAAUUUGUUUUUAUUGUCAAGGAGCAUAACAAAAUUUCUGGUUACCAUUAUGAGCUUCCCCUUUCGUAUCUUGAACUUUGUGCUGCAGUUGCUGACGGCGGUGCUGGAGGUCUUGGCCCUGCUGCUCCUCAUCCGCAUCCUAUCCAGUCAUUGUGUUCGAGGCGAGGAGUACGGGAUAUCGGUGUGGAUGUACACUUUUAUGCUGCCCGCCAUCGUCUUUCAGAACACGGUGCUCGUUAUAUUCCGGCUGUGCUGCACCACCGUGGGCCUCGAUCCAAUUGCGAUGACUUUCAACUGGGCCAGCGGGUUCGUCUGCCUGGGCACCGGCCUCACCCUGCUGGUGGCAAUGAUCGAUCACUGUGGCAACGAGUACCUACCCAUGUUCUACCUAUCGAGCGCCUUCGGCGUAAUCGCCGGCGUUCUGCAUUUGGUGAACGCCUGCGUGUGCAACGUUUACAUGCCCUUGGGCGAAUGGUCUUUCCUGAAACCCUCGAAGAGAGCAAGGAAAAGGGCUUUAAAAAAUAGGAGACGCAGAAGCUCAUGAGGUGCUCUGGAGAAAAAGUCUGCAAAUGAUCAAUGUCAUGAAUAUUUUGUAUGACUUUAGAUAUGUUUUUGAUUUUUAGUUUGUAAAAAAUUCGAAAAUUGGUUGGUGCUACCAUUGUUUUAGAAUUCCUAUUUUAGCAGUUAGUGUUUAGGUGAAAGACAUAUUUCGAUUUAGUAUAUUUAAGUUAAUACUCUGGUUUUGACCUUGUACAGAGGAAGUUGACCCAAAUCAUUUAUUAAAAUAUUAAAACACG